ACUUUAUUCUUAUAAAUUCUUUGGAAAUAACAGGCAUGGCUACCAGAUUUCAAAAUUGUCGGUUCUAAUUUCAGAUUAAGAUUAAAUUAUAGGUUAUUCUAAUUCAUCGAAUUUUGAGUCAUAGAUAUGUGUUUCUUAUUAGGUUUAAAAUGCGCAUGAGAUUAAUCGCACGGCUUCAUUGAGGCUAUUAUUCCUCAUACGCUGGACUGUGCAAAACCAUAAAGUACCAUGGAAAACGGCUCAGAGAAGUUGUUCUUGCUCGAAUUUUUAGUCGAUAAAGUCUCAGUUCAGAAACCUGGAGGCCUGAUGGAUCGGCUGAGCACACAGAACGAAUGGGGCUGUGGAGAGCUGUGCGUGACUUUCCAGUUUUUGGAUUACCCUCACCUCGAAAUCUGCGAGAAAGAUUUCGUUUCCAAAAUGAAUGAUACGGCGGUUACUAAGACGAGCUUCAGGAGUGGAAAGUCAUGUCUUUUCGCUAUCCCUAAUACACAACUGGAACUACUGCCCCAGGAGUUUGAAGUGAAUGUCGGGGUGCUGCGCAAGAUGCCACCCGGAGUUUUGCCCGACAAACUGCUUCUGGCGCAGACCAAGAUAGAGCUCACGGAAGCUAUCUCCGGUGUCAUCGAAGACGUGGCCAGGAAUCCGCAGGAUGUACCGGUGACGAAGAGAGUGAGGAAUACUUUCGACCUAAUGGAGCCGACCGGCCUCAAAGUAGUGGGUUGUAUUGGCGUCUUUGUGAGGCUCACGUGCUUCGGCAAGCUUAUCGUGACCCCCUUCCACUUGGGUGGAGGUUGCGACGGAGGAGGCAGCACAUUCUUUGGGGGUGGAGAAGAGAAGCCAGAGAUGUAUCACUGCACAGAGGUGGGCAAAUGUGCGGCGCGUCCCCAUCAGGUGUGCCAACCUGCCCCUAUCUGCCAGUGGCCAGUGUGGAGCAAACCCUGCCAGUCUCCUUUGCAGGAUGCACCAUGUUGCGAUGCUCCACCUCUAUGCUGCAAAGAGCUGGCCCCAAUGCCAGUUCCAACUCCUACUGCUGGAGGUGGUGGGGGUGGCGGUGGUGGUGGUGGUGGUGGUGGCGGCGGCGGUGGAGAGUGCCUAUGUGUAGAAGAGCCUUGCCCUACACCCUGUGGCCAAGCGCGCCACAAACCCAAACCGUGCAAGGAAAUAGGUGCAGAGAUCAAUGGCCAUGCACUCACCAUUCGCGUCCGCAAGAACAAGGACCUCGAGCAAGAUGGCAUGGUAGACAUGGUAGACAACUGCUGUGCCAUAUCAGUGCCAUCUUCCUGCCCAUGCUCAAAAGGUUCAGACAGCAAUGAUGGUGUACCGGGGUUCUUUGUGCAGUUGCCUCAGAAGGAUGGAAAGCCUGUCUCCUACCGCCUGCGCAACUGUCUUGCUGAAGACCAGGGUGGAGACUGCCUUGAACAAACUGAAAAGCCACGAGAUAAUUUUGUGCUGCGCAUUGGCAAAGGCAAAUCCCACUUGGAGUUGGAGCUGAAGACACCUAAGAAGGAGGGUCCCAGACCACUGACUGACACAUUAUCACGUGAGACACAGUAUGUGAAAGAAGAAGCAGGUCCUCCCAUUAAUUUCUAUAUUCCUAAGCGUUGUAAGGGAAGAAAGAAGAAGUGAUCUUUAUCAGGUCCUGCCAGCACCACUAGAAUUGCUGAUCAGCCAGCCAAUACCAGAACCGUUAUCUUCUUGGAAGAAAGUUGCAGCUGUUGUCACCGUGGGGUCAUGUCAGAAAUGUGUUUGUGUAUUUGAUGCAUACUGUUACAGCGCAUUAUUUUAUAGUCCUUUGUGUCUGUCCGUUUUUCUAAAUUGUAUAAUGCUGGAGAAUACAAUUUUUGUAACUAUUUUAGAAA